CUCUCUCUCUCUCUCUCUCUCUCUCUCUCUCUCUCUCUCUCUCUCUCUCGCUCUCUCUCUCUCUCUCUCUCUCUCUCUCUCUCUUUUGAUUAUCUCACGUGUCUUGCUCCCCGUAUACACUCUCUAGCUGAGAAACGUAAGGUAACAUAUAACAUAACCUCAAACUCAACUGUUUUACAAGUUGCAAGCAGAAGACGAAUGUCUGGUCGCCUCAGCCUCAGCAACGAUCCUUGCAUUUCGUGUCGGCCGCAGCUUUCAAUUCUCUUGCGUUACGCUUCUGGUACUUUAGGUCCUUCUUAUACUCGCAGCAGUGGAUGGUAUGCGCCAUGCUUUGUCGUUCAUUUUGUGUUCCAUCGUGACUCUGCCGCUGUGCUGAUUACGCAAUGCGUGGCCGUGAGAGAACCGAGCUGCCUCCUGAGCAGGAGUGUGCGUAAGAGUGCGUCUACUGCCUGCCUCCCAACGGGCAGGCAGGCAGCCGUUGAACAAGACACGGAGAGCGGAGGAAGGAGAGCAAGGCAGAAGAGAGAAGGAGGAGGAGGCGCCCUCAGAGCUUCCGAGAGGCAGCCAGCGAGCCACCUGUGCGAUUCGGCUGCGUUCCAGUUCGCGAUGGCCCGGACCCGUUACUUCGUUCCUCCGUUCCUCCAUUCCUCCAUUCCUCCAUUCCUCCAUUCCACCGUUCCACUAUUUCCCCAUGACACCAUGGAUGUAUCGCACACUGCUACUCGAGAGUCAGCUCAUUCGAUAAUAAUUCCGAGACCGAACCCGUACGGUUCUUCUCCCUUUGAUUCACUUCCUUUCUUUCCCUUGCUCUUCUGCCUCCGCGUCCUAACGGUACAGGCAACGCCGACUGGACGGCUAGCUGGACUUCAACCUGGCCGCAAAGCGCAGCGCUCCGUGCGUGGACGCAAACACGUUCACUGCGUUACAGCGCUCGCGCAUACGGAUUGCUUUCAGGAUGAAAUUGCUACGGGAGAAGCCAAACCUUCGGACGAGAGCACUUCCGGUGGCCGCGCGGAUCGCGGAAUUCCCGGUCCACGAGGCAUUUCCUCUCGGGAGUGCACGCGCGCGAGCGGGAGAGAGAGAGAGAGAGAGAGAGAGGAAGCUUCGAAUCGAUUUAUGCGUGCGUUGCGAAAAUUCAGAAUACUUGAGCUUUUUGCGUAUAUUCUCGUGUCCUUGGCUGGAUAACAAGGUGGCGAGAGGUCGCGAGAGGUCGCGAGAGGUCGCUCCUCCACAGUGAAAAUCUCUUGGCGCUUCUGCUUUUUACGUUGCUCCAUCGCAUUUAUUUGCUCCCGGAAGCAGCGUCUCGGAGGCGAUCGAUUGUAACGCGUGGAAAAUACUAUUGAUUCUCUUGGCCAGCUGACCUCCCUGUUACCGUGUGUCCUCCUCCCCUGCCCCCCUCCAGCCCGCUCGAUCGUCAACGUUGAUCAAGGCUAAAUUAGCUAAUAUUUUUGAGCAGGUGAGUGGAAAAGGUGGAGCGCGCAGUCGAGGCAUCGGAUUGUCGUCGGUCCAAGUGCCCUUCUUCUCCUUUUAUUUCCUGGCUAGGACUUAUGGAGCGCGCAUAACGGUGAGCCUCGCGUGACUGACUACACGCAUGUGUGUUCGCGGACGAGCGAGAGACGCACGCACACCUCUGACCGUGAUUGUCUCGCAGGGUGAGAGGAGAAUUAUGUAAAAGGCAUCAACCGAACAACUCGGGUCUACGCUAGGCGGUUGCUGCCUACGAACCUACGUCCAGGGUCGCACACCCACGUAUACGUCUUUGAUCGCGCCUCUCCUCCCUCCUCCUCCCCCUCCUCCUCCUCCUCCUCCUUUUCCUUUUCCUUUUCCUUCUUCCUCUUCCUCCUCAUUCUCAUCUUCGUCUUCGUCUUCUCCUUUCUCGCUCUAACGCGCUGGAACUUACGCACAGUACUCAUCUCCCUUCCCAUGCACGCACACCCACACCCACACCCGUCUCUAUUCACCUUCGUGUGCGACACACUCGGGCACAGUGUGUUGAAAGUCCUGGUUUACGCAAUAAAAUGUUAAAUUCUCGAUAGACUCCAUGACGCGUGAAUAGAGUCACCACCGAAGCCGUUGUGUUGUAUGCUUCUUGGUGCGAGAUACGGAGCCAGAUAUAGGGAGAUGGAUCGUUCGGCUCGUUCGGCUCUUUCGGUCCGUUCGUUUGGCUAGCUUGGCUCGUUUUCUUAGUUUGGACUGGUUCAGCCCCCUUGGAUAAGGAUUCGGUCAUCCCACUUAGUUAAUCCUCUCUGUGGGUUGACAUGAGUUCAUGCGUUAUUUAUUUCAUUUUAUUUUUACACUUUUUUUGUUUCUCCUCUUUUUUGUCUUUUAUUCCUGAUCUUUGUCAUUUCUUUUGUUAUUCCGUUUAAGUAUAAACUCGAUGAAAUUUUAAUUAUCGUUGGCUAAUCUAUCAUUACAUUGUAUCCCUU